AAUUUGAAUCCGAUUAUUAUUCUGUAAAUAAAUUAUAAUAAUAGUUAAUCUUUUAUUUUAAAGGAUCUUAAAAACAAUGAAUAACUUUUGGAUGAAUUGCAGCUGUAGUGGAAGAUGAGUAAAAAGCACUUUCAUCUUUCCUUUCAUUUUGUUGAACUACUUUGCCUUUCAAAACAGACGAGGCCAAUGCUACGUGAGGCGUUAUUGUACCAAUAGUAUUUACGGGAAGUUCCCCUUUCCCGUCCAACCUCAGGUGCGUGUGUGUGUGUGUGUGUGCACGUGUUACGACGCAUUGCGUCACACCACAUUCACACCAUACGUCCUUCUCCGGCGAGACUGACCGCUCAGGCAUGCGGGGCUGUUGUCAGUAAACAAAGAGCCGGCCCCUCCUCACGGAAACCCGUGGCGCCAGAGAAGCUCUCACCUGAAGCUCUCACCUGAAGCACGUUCAUCCUCACAGGUGGGACGUUGGCUCGCUCCGGACGAUGAUAUGUCUCAGAAGACGGACAGGAACCCCGACCAGAGCGACGGCGGCGGCCCGCAGGCCUUUGUCCGGGUGUUCAGGGAGAGCAUUCGGCGGGCCUCCGGGGGCAAGGGGGCGAAGGUCGCCGCCGGCGAGGACCCGGGGUCGCCGCCGCCCCCGCCGUCACCCGGUCGCAGCGCCGGCUCUCCGGUCACGUCUCCUCUGAGGAGCAUCGGAGGCCUUUUCGGCAGAAGAGAGGAGGAGGGGGUGAAGGAGGAGGAGGAGGAGGAGGAGAAGAGCGAGUACGCCGCACAGAACGGCAAAGCUCUGCCCCGCUCGAGGACAGAUCAAAACGUGGCCGGGUUCGGGGACUCGCUCAUGAAAAGGGGGGCGUCCAUACGGCGGAGCCUGGGGUUCGGAUCGAAGAAGGAUAAGAGCGGGCGACCGGAGGCGCUGGUCUCCAAAGGUCCAGCCUUUGACAAGAUGGAGCCGAAAGAGGAGGAGGAGAAGGAAGACGAGGAGGUGUAUAAGGAGUUGGAGGAGUCGUACACGUUGCCAGAAUUACCUCACACCCCGCUGUCAGUGAUGCAGAUCAAUAAGCUGAUCGAGAUGGAGGUGCUGGAGGAGGCUCACCUGAACCUGCUGGCCCUGCGGCGCGAGUUCCAGCAGGAGCGGGAGCGCUGCGGCGAGGACUCCCCCAUGGAGCUGGCCAAGAAGGAGAAAGACCUCAACCUCCUCUACGGUGAGCUGAGGCACAAGGUCAACGCCAUCGUGCGCGACUCCAACUCCCUUCCCUCCAGAAACAAGGGGCUGCUGGUCCCCGUGGCUCGUAUCAUCCAGGAGGAGGAGAGGAGGGCGGAGGAGCCCGGCGGGCUGGCGAGCAGCUGGGUGGGGGCGUGGAGGGAGUCGGUGGACGAGGGGGUGCGGGCGAAGGUAGCGGCCGUCCACCUGGAGCGCAUGGAGCAGAACGCCUCUUGGCUGGCCGUUCACCUGGGGCUGCUGGGAAAGGCCGUGACGGAGGACCUGCAGCAGGUGAAGACGGAGCUGCGGUGCUCGUACCCGCCCAGCUUCAGCGUCUUCGGCACCUACGUCAGCAGCUACGGGCGAGUCUUGGGGCAGCACGCGGGGAAGCUGGAGCAGCAGGCGACGGAGAUGAAGGACCUGCACGCUCUGCUGGACUGGAUCAUCAACCGCUACCAGAGCGAGAGGAUCAUGGGAAGUCCGUCCCUGCAGCCGGACAUGAGGGACCUCAGCCCCCAGCUGCAGCUGGAGGACGACUUCCUGCCGCGGCUGAGGGACAAGUUCUGCUGCAGAGUGAAGGAGGACCUGAGGGACUCAAUAGGGAGAAUCAUCACAAUGGAACACGAGGACUUCUGGAGGGACGGGAAGCAUCCGGAGAAGGAGGACGGCCUCCUCAGCCAUCCGAUGCCCAUGGACAUCUGGACGAAAGUGGACGGAAUUGUUUCAAACUGUCGACUGAUCGACGGCCAGCUGCAGCAGAAAGUGGCCUCGUCCUGCCUCCAGGAGCUGAAGGACUUCCCCAAGAGGCUGGAGGCGGAGUUCGGGCGUCACUGCGGCGCACUCAGGCCGAAGCCUCUUUGGACCGAGUAUCAGAUCACGUACAUCAACUGCUUCACCGCUUUACAGCAGAACAUGGGGAGGUACCGGGACACGUGUCCGCACGAGGUGGAAGCGUUCGGAGCGGAGGCGACGGGGCUGACGGCCCGGCUGCUGCAGGCGCUGGAGGAGCAGUUCAGAGAGGAGGUGGAGCCGUACCUGAGGAGGAUGAUGACCAGGAAGUGGCUCACCAACGACGACGACUUCAAGCGUCUCCAGCGCCGGGCGGAGCUUCUGUCGCAGCACUGCGCUCUGAUGAGGCCUCCUCAUGGUCAGGAGUUAGCGAGCCGGCUGCACCUGCACGUGGCGAGGCAGUACGUGGGCCAGCUGAUGAAGGGCAUCUACUCGUGCAAGAACCGCAAACACGAGAAGGCGGCGAGCAAGAUGCGCUCGCAGUGGGGAAGCGUCAGCGAGCACUUCCAAUGCAUGUCGACCCACGAGUGGCUCUACGACGCCGGAGACGACCUGAGCGACGUCAUCAUGCAGAGGAACGCGGCCGACAUAAAGGACCACCUGCAGCCGCUCGUGGAGCACUACCCCGACUUCAGCAGGAAGCACCUGGUGGCCGUGCUGAACUUCCGAGGCCUGCGUCGAAGCCGCGAGCACCAGCUGAUCCUCCAGCGCCACGCCGAGCUGCAGAAGAAGACGGGCGCAGGAGGCGAGAGGAGCCGCGCUUUCUUCUCCGACAUGCCGGUGGCCGUCCGCACAGACUGCCUCUCCAACAUGCCCUUCUUCUGCUUCGGCUGAAGAGGUGGGGCCUUACUUACGUGGAUUAAUCUGCCAAUGACAGCUUUAAAUAAAUUAAAUAUGCAUAGUGCCAUAUAUUUCGAGACUGAUGCAUUAUUUUGGUCUUUGGUCUUCGCUUCAAAAACGCUGGCAAUUGUAUUUGAUAUCUGUUUCCACUUAACCGUGCAGGGAUGCAGUGCGUUACGCAAUGAGAGGGAUGCCAGCAUUGUGCAGAAUUGUUUUUGGGGGAGAAAGAAAACUUUUCCCAAAGUCCCACUAGUGAAAUAUUGUGAAACUUGAAUGCGCCGUGAAGCUCUGAGCAGAUGGAAUAAAUUAAAAGCAGGUUUCAGAAACACUAUUCUGAUUCUAUGGAGUGCGUGUGGGACCGUAAUCUGAGUUUAAAGUGUAAGAUCCACUAAUAAAAAGUGUACUUGUUGAGUGAGGAUUUAGACCUAGUGAACGGUACAAGACUAUUUAUUGACCUUAAAGCAGCUUUUUAAAGUUAAAUGUGAGAGUUUCUCCUUAGUGAAAGAUGUUUUCUCUUAUUCCAGAUGAUCCUGUGUGAUCUUCUUUGCACAUUUUAUGUAUUUGUUUGAUUAUAAUUCUGUUGUCAUCUGUUUGGAAAUGAUUGAAGUGUUUCAGGUUUUCUUUUUGUGACAGGUUUAGGGAACCAAAUCCCAACAAUGGUGAGAGUUGAAGUAUGAAAUGCUUCUGCAUCGGAUUUACAUUAGUGUGAAAUUACAAGGUGUGAAACUAAUUUGUCCCCUUUUUUUAUAAAAUGUAUGAAUCAAUGUCUGAAUGACUCUAUAAACUCACAAGAGCAUCAAGAAACAUUUGGAACACAAAAAGAGGUUUGAUGUAAAUACUUUUUAUUAAACAUUACAGCUGCAUGUCUUCUUUUCUUUAACCUGAAGUGCAGACGUUUAGUCACACACUUAUAAGUCAUUAGAAGAACUCAAUGGAAUGUGUUUCUUCAACAUCUGGAGCCACUCAGACUGGGGUUUCCACCUCCUAAUUUUUAAAGUAAUUUUUCAUCUCCUAAUCACAGAUUCUGCCUUUUAAAUCCAAGACAGAUUAGAUUGGUGUAGAUUGGUGGUUAAAAACUAUUAAAAAACCAAAUGAACGAGACAGAAACACAAACUUUUGCUGCUGUAAUUACAAUUUAUAAUUUUUAUAAUUUUUCUUUUUUUUCUUUGUGACUGAAACAUUUUACUAGCAUUUUCUGGACAUUUCCUACACAUCAGCAGUCAGUUUCUUUUGACUAAACACACGUGUGGUAAAUGUUGUUUUGAGUUACGUCUUUCUCAACGUCUUCUCGCUGCCGCGAUGAAGAGCUCAGAUGUUUCUGGCUGGAAGGCUACGAAGACUGUGAAUACUCUGAAUACCAUGAACAUGACGGCGUGAGGAAGAUUUUCCUCUCUCCGUGUUUGACUUGUGCUGCUGAUGCAAGUCUGCAUACUUUCACUUUUCAUUGGGUUGUGUUUAAGUUUCCGUCCAGAGUUGCAUGUUAAAGUCUUAAAGUUAAUUGUGACACUGAAGUAAGAAAUGAAGAAAGAAACCUUUUUGUUGAAAAUGUUGUCUUUGACAGAAAUGUCCAAACACUUCCUCUUCUUCUCUAAAUCCUUUUCUAAUGAGCGUGUUCCAUCCAAUGUAAACACAAGAAUAUCCUCAUUGACCUAAAACACAAAUAAAUCUUUUCUUUUUUAG